AUGCAAUCCACUUCCAAAGUACAGGCUUUCAUUGACCGCAUCAGCGCACUUCCAGCGGGAUCCGGUGUGUCGCUGGAUGCAGCGCUGCAACCUUCUCUCGAAGAGGAGGCUGAAUUACGCAGGCUUUUUGCCAUGGAUAGGACAAAUGCGCGUCUUUCCGACCCUCAUGUAGGACUCGUCGACGUCUUUGCGGCUCCAAGCGCCAUUCGAACUACAAGAGCGCGAGUAGUCGAUGGACCAGAAGACCUUGAUGCUAAAUAUGUAAUGCCCAUUGCGGACAGCCAUCGAAGGGCCGAAGGAAUGCCAUGUACAGUCGCCGACCUCGAAGAAUUCAAGAAAAACUGGUCCAUCUUCACAGAGGGAUCCCUCUCCCAGCUUCUCAAUUGGAAUAAUGUCGUCGCUGCUGGUGGAUCAGUUCUCGCUUGUUUGUCCCCUGUCCCCAAACGUAACAAAGCAUCCAAGCGUAAGAUCAGAACUUACUUUCACUCAAAGGCUUAUCCAACAUCCGACGUGGACCUUUUUUUGUGGGGGUUGACUCCUGAGCAGGCAGAAAUCAAGAUCAAGGAAAUUUACGAAGCAGUUCGAGAUUCGGUUCCUUGGGAUGUUACCUGCAUUCGUACCAAACACACUAUUUCCAUUCACUCCCAAUACCCAUACCGAUCAGUACAAAUCGUCUUGCGACUUUACCAAUCUCCUGCCGAGAUCCUCGCAGGAUUCGACAUCGACGCCCCAUGCAAUCGAGUGUGGGCAAACCCUCGCGCGGUCGUCGCCAUGAUGCGGCAAUGCAACACAGUCGACAUGACGCGCCGCUCUCCCUCAUACGAAGUCAGACUGGCAAAAUACUCUCAAAGGCAUUUCGAAGUCUACGUCCCUACUCUUGAGCGCUCAAAGAUCGAUCCAACGAUUUACGAACGUUCAAUCGCACGCACGGAAGGCCUAGCGCGGUUGCUCUCUCUCGAAAAACUCACAACUGACAACUUGCGGAACACGUUCCUUGAGGCUCGGCGUGAGCUCCGCGGGCGCAGGCUUGCAGCUGCACUCCAACGACCCCGCCGGCGCACGCGCAAAUAUAAAGGCGAUAUCAAGAGCGACAAAGGGGACGCAAGUGUGCUGGUGGAAGUGAACAACUAUGAUGUCACGGCGCUGCAUAUACCGUAUGGUCCGGGCUGGGACGCGAAGAGGAUCGAUAAAUUAGUUUAUCAGACGGAUCUGGCUACUUUCAACCCCCAAAACAAGGGACGCCGCCUACACCGUCAUCCAGCUUUCUUCGGCAAAAUUGACGAGUGCAUAGAAGACUGCUGUGGGAACUGUCCUAAACCCAUCGAUGAAGACGAACGUAAGCUCCAGGCAGAGGAAGACGAAGUAUAUAUUCGUGGCCGCAUCCGGCAAGUACAUUCUUGCGUCUUCCUGCUCAUAUUCUAUAUUAAAACUUGUUUGUGCAGAUUCAUCGAUGAGAACCCAGGUCGUCAAAGCAUCACAGGCAGCUUCAAGCCAAUCGACGUCGGCGAAUGGAGCGAGCAAGUGUAUAUCAAGCCUACACUCGCGCUAUUCAACGCCAUCGCCUCACAUGACCGUGCCACUGUCCAACAAAUCAUCUCAUCGUCUUCGUCGCUGCCAGAGCAGGAUUCAGAGGGGGGAGCGAUUAACAUUAACCAACGAGACCAUGUUGGCCGCACUGCGUUACACGUUGCCAUCUUCUCAAAGGCUACAGAUAUAGCCCUAGACCUCAUCGACGCCGGCGCGCGGAUUACGGCACGGAUCGCAGACGGGCGUGCGCCGUUGCAUCUCGCGGCGCAGGCGGAUUUGAAAGAAGUCGUGAGUAAGCUGCUGGAGAGGAGCGCGUACAACAGGGAAGAAAUGCAGAAGAGGUCCGGAUAUGAGGUCUCGAAUGACAACGGUGCGAUGAAUGUUCAAGAUGAGAUUGAGCGGCCUUCUUCCGAGGAUGAUUGGAGUUCGCAUGAUGACGAGGAUGUUGUCAUGUCCGCUGACAGCGAUGAUGAAGAUGAUAAAGAUGAGGGUACCAAAAAGAGGGGUUCCACAAAUGAAGACACAGAAGUUGAAACUGCCGAGAAUGAGAUCAAUGUAGAGGAAGAAAAUCAACCCGAUAUCAUCGACGUCAACGAAUUCGACUGGGACUACGGAUUUUCUGCGCUCUCCUACGCCAUCCUCUUCGCAUCCAUCCCGACAAUAUCCACUCUCAUUUCGAACGGAGCAGAUGUUAAACUCGCCUCAUCCUCCACCAAUCGCAAAACGCCUCUACACCCCCUCACGCUCACUAUCCUCCGCCCUGCCGAGUCCGACGAAGAGGAAAAAGACGCAUGCGCAGUCGCAGAGUGCCUGCUCAAAGCGGGCGCGACGUCCACAACUGCCGACACCGACCAGAUGUGCACCAUCUUCCACUGUGCUGUGGCUGCAGGUCGCACGCGGCUGGUGGAGACGCUGCUACGGUACGACCCGCACGCGCAUGCAGCGGUCGACUUCCCCAUGUUUCAGAACCACCGGUUCGUGUGCUUCCCACUCGCGAGCGCUGUAGCCAACAGGCACUAUGCGCUUGUUGCACUGCUUCUGGCAUAUGGCGCCAAGCUGGAGCUAGAUGAAAGGGAUAUCAGCCGUGCUAUGGCGGCAGCAUCUCCAAAUAUAGUUAGGGAGAUGAACCAUUAUCGCUACAACCAUGUCACCAAUUACCUACAGCUCGCAUAUCAGCCAAUUGAACUCACAUUGAAGAACCAUGAUGAUUUAGGAAAACUACUCCUCAAUUUGGGAGCCCCUAUCAACAUCGCCAUACUGGAAUCGUGUGGAAUGAACUACGGCGCAGGAGGCAGGAUGACUGUCAAAGAUUGGGUUGAUAUGAUGGUAUCGGCCCUCAGCAGACGGAUCGAAGACAAAAAGUCCGAGAGUGCUCAGAAAAAGCUGGAAGAUACAGUCACACCAAGUUUUUCCGGUGGAUUAGACAAAGGAUGGUCCAUAUUCUUCAGAGACCAGCUCACAGUUGUCUCUCAGUUCAAAGCCAACGAACCAUGGCGCAUCUCCGAGCACGCCAGAAUAGCGAGACAAGAAAAAGACACUAUAGCGCAGAUGGAAGACCUCAAGGAGUAUUUCACCGAGAUGCAGACCUUACUGGCGGACAAAGGCGCUAAGUCGUGGCAGGAACUAUUCCCCGACAUCGAGACACACGCCACUACAACGGCAGAUGGACAUGGUUCGUGGAAGGAUGGCCAACACCAAACGACCAGCGCGAAACGCACUGUGUCCUACACAACCUUGAGUGGCCAAAAUCGUAGUGGGUAUGGUCACUACUACUCCCGGAAGGUCCCAGAGCACCUACUUCCGGCUUACGACGAACUGUUUGAGGCAUGCUAUGCAGGUGAUAACGAAACAAUCCAGAGGCUUUGCUUGCCAUCCAACGGAUAUGAAACCGUUGAUGGUCCGCUGAAUAUCUCGGUCAGGAUUGUUAAUUCAUCGACGGACGACUGUGAAAAUCUUGGCAAGUCGUUCUCCAUUUCUUUGCAAACGGGGCGUCGGUGGUCCACAGCUAAGUUUAUUCUUGCAGUAGCGAUUGCCCAGUACCACCCAAACGAUAAACGAGACCGGAUAAAAUCUGACCUCAACAUUCAACUAGAGGAAGACGACGACUCUGAUGCUGCAAGCGAUGCCUCAGGAGAGUCAAACGCGACUGUCGAACCAAUCAACUUUAUUAACAUUGUGACGCGUAAAUCGACGGUGCAAAGUCCUGUGCCCCCUGGCGCAAUGCUGACUGACGCGGAGGUCGAAUGGGUCUAUCAUCCCCCUUCUACAUCUCCCUUCAGCUCCGCUUUGCCAAUGUUAAUGCGCGCAACCGCUCUCGAGAAAGCCGUCGCUGAACAUGAUCUUGAUGCAUUUACACAUAUCAUAGAUCUAUACAACAUCCUACCAGAAAAGCUACGUAAAGUCGAGUUCGGCACUAAGGUGCUGCGCUGCAUUCUGUCUCACAACCAGGUCCAAAUGCUCGAUGCGUAUAUACGAAGGACGGCUGUCGGGGUGGACGUCGCUGUCAUCAAGCGUAGUCUCAGUAUCGGUAACGAUAAUGGAAAUGUGGCGAGGUCUAAAAUUCAAGGGGAGCAGCCGGUGCCUCUGCCAACAUCAACGACGAACGACGCGAACAAGGUGUACGCAGGUCUCAAUGUGCAUGGAAAAAAGAGGUUAGAUCUGGCACGGAAAAACGACCCCGAUGCUUCAGAUUUUGAUGAUGACUCAGAUGCUGAAGGGAGGAGGGAUAUACCCCUUUUAUGGCAGGCUAUCCAAGUCGGCGCAAAAGAGAUUAUCGCAUACUUACGAUCUGAAAGGGUGUACGAAGCAUACGACGCAUAUAUCAACGCCCAUGCUCCGUCUCAGGAUAAAGCAAGGCUGCUGAACUACUAUUUGCUUGGAGAUAAGACUAAACCAGAGGGUAGGAUGUCUCCCUCUACGAAGAUGAAUUGGGAGGCAAAGAUGAAACGAGAGGCGAAAGCACGCCUCGCAGGCUUGUUAGGUUGGACGAUAAACGCUCUUGGGGAGUCACCCCUCGCCGCUGCACUCAUCACGGAUUCUGUUGAGAUGAUUGAAACCCUGGAGAAGAUGGAGCCAGGGUUACAUGAAAAGGCGUUGCAAACCACCAUCAAGUUCGUGGGCAUCAACUACCUGAUGUUCGCCGUAGAAGCCAACUGCCCACCCGAUGUGAUCGAUUACCUACUAGCAAAGGGUGUCUCUCCCACCGAGCGUUCUGCUCAUCGGGGGUGGAACAUAUAUCAUUACAUCUGCGCGCAAAAUAACCUCACCUUGCUGGCCCAUUUUUUGAAGACGCUGCCAAGGGAUGUGAAUGAGGAAUUGUUGAUGCAGCGGUCUAAGGGGCGUGGGAAUACACCUCUGCAUGUUGCAAUCAAGACAGGCCAUGUCGAGCUCGCGGGAACAAUUCUUAGGUAUACUGAGUGUGUCAAGGAUCACUUGCUGGCACGCGACGCGCAUGGACAGACAGCAUUACACGCGGCGGUACGCACAGGGCGCGCCCAGACGGCGGAACUGAUAUUUGACGUUGCGGGGCGACUUACUGCCUCGGCUUCAAAGGGGUCGUCAUCAUCGGGAUCUUCGCUGCAGCUCGAGCUUCUCAACACGGAAGACAGUGUUGGACUGACGCCACUCGAAAUAUCUCGCAACGCCGAGCUCGCUAUGCGCGUGCAGGGUGCACGUUCCCUAUAUGAUGGCGUACAGUGUGGAGGAGUACAGCCGAAUGGGGACGUGGAUUCACUGAUCCGAACUCGAAGGAUUGUGGUGCAGAGGGCGGAGACUAAAGACGAAAAGCGUCAGAGAGAAGCGCGUGGGAGUGCAUUUUAUGUGUACGUGAUGGGUGCUAGGAGGAGGGUAAGAAAGGAUUGGGAUAUGGAUGAGCGAGGGACGGAAGAGUGUGUUGAUGAGCUUAAAAAUAUGCUUGCAAGGCUAGAGUCGGUUGGUUAUUCAGCCUCUGGUUCGGCACUUCAAGUGGAAAAAGUAAAGCAGUGGAUCACGUACAUGGACCACCUCAUAUCACGCGAGAAAGAGCGCGAGAAAGAGCGGGGAGAAGAAAUACAAAUGGCGGAGGAGGACUACGAAAGGCGAAAGAAGGCUGACAAGGGCGAUCAGCUUGAAGGCGAGGAAGAGGAGAAUACAGGGAUACGCGUUCAAGGGAGGACAGAAGAGUGGGAUACUCUCGCGACAUACUUUGUCCUAGAGGACUUUGUCGCCCUCUACAAGGACAAUAUCACAGUAGGGACUAUUACACACAACCGCCACCUGGUCCAUCUCUCCGACGUUCUAUGCUCCGUGGAGGCGACACUCGCCAAGGCGAGCAGUGCUGAGGGCCUCGUGCACGAGGACUACAGCGAUCCAGACCGUGCAAGCCAGGAAGCGUACGGCGGAAGAUAUCGCAGGGGUCACCGACGAAUUCAGAAAUACGGUGCAGAGGGCGAGUUGGAAAAGGAGCAUGAUAAAGAGGAAGAGGAAAGGAGGCAACGGAAAAGGAGCAUGGUGUUUGAGUACAUUGCCUUGGGCCCUGAUAGGCACUGA